AUGCAAUAUUCACAGAAAGAUGUGAGGCCAUCUAACUACAAUCAGAUAGAUGACUCUCAGCUGCAGUCUCACCAAAAUCCUAGCUCCAAAGGCUAUUACACCUAGGAUACUCGAGGACUCAAUCCAGUAAUACAGUCCCUCUCAGACAAACUUAGACCAGACAUUGAUGAGGAUUCAAAUGAGUAUAUUGCAGAGAGCUAUUAAGACUAGAAAAACGAUAAUUCUUAUUACUUGAACUUUGCUGACGACAACAGAAGCACCAACAAUAAUCUUCUGAAUCAUCAAAACACUGGUGGACAUUCAGAUCGAGAAAAUAAUACCACGGGCUAGAACACUCACCGAGGGGAAAAUAGAAAUAAUGUAAACAAUAAGGUGAGGAAUUACUAUCCUGACGAUGGAGGGGAAUUUACUCCAACAGGAGGUUAAAUGGGUGCUGCCUAGUAUGAUGACGAUCGCUUUCACAUCAACGACACUGAUGAAAACUUUCAGGAUGAGCAUGACCUUAAUCACGACGAUGACUAGCAAGAGUAUGAUGAUCAUUUGAAUAACAAUGAGAACCUGCACACUGAUGAAAUCGAAGAGAUUUUUCAGCAAUAGCAAUAAACCAGCAAGUUCCCUACAUCAUAUAACUAAUCAAGCAGAAAUCCAGAUGCCGGGAACAGAUACAAUCAAGGUUAAAAUCAGCUUAACUAUGAUCAGGCUGCAGCUAACGGUGCUGAUGCCGAGUAGAAGGAUAGAUAGUAAAAGAUAAAAGAGAUGCUGAAGGAAUUCAAUAAAAAGAAGGAGCAAGUAAUUCGGGAAUAGAUUAAAUCUAGAGUGGGCUCAUCCAUGAAUACUCAGCCUUAGUAAUAAUCGACCAAGAAUUCAACCUCCAAAUAAAUUUUCCUUGUGGACUAGCAAACCAAUAACUAGCCAAUCAGCACUCAUAGAUCACAUCUUCACCAUCAUCACUAGUAGUCACAAAAUUUUUAGCAGACUAUCACUUUCACAGUCGAGGAUGAUACCUCUAAGACUAAAUAUGAGGUAGGGAAGUAUAAAAGUGUUUGCAAUACCUGCAAAAGUAUGAAACAAAAUAUUGAAAUGAAGAAGCCUAGGCUUCAAGAGCCAAGAAGAGGUGCUCUACCUUCUAAAGGUGAGCCUGCUUUCAUAGAUGUCAAAAAGAUCAAGCAGAAGUAUAACAUUCCAGAUAUCAAUCCAAAUGCUCUAUUCCCUAGUGGUAAUAGAAAUGGUGGCAGUCAAGGCAUGAAUGAGAGUAGUAGGUAUGGGUAGAACAACAACACAAAUAGUAGUAACCUAAAUAACUCAUAGCAGAAUAACCAUCUUUCAAACUCGAAAUAUAAUCGCUAUCCAUUUAUGCCAGCCAGAACUAAGGACCUAAAAGAGUACUCUUAUGAUGAUUUGAUCAAGUUGGUAGAGUAGCUUGAAAGAGAAAACGCUGAAUUAAGAUAACUUUUGUUUGAAGCCAAUAGUAAACUGAGCAAAAUGGAAGAUAGAGAUGAUCUAAUUUUACAAUAUCAAAAUGAAGUGCAACUAGCUAAACAAAGGCUAAAUACAAACACUUAGGCUUUGAAAGAUGUGUAGAAUAUAUUCAAAUUGAUGCUGGGACUUAUUAAUGAUCUGUUUAAAACAAGCAAGAGUCUAAAUCUGGAUUAGGCUGGCAAGAAAAAGUUAGCUGAGCUAGCCAAUAGAAUGAAGCAGAUAAUAGGUGGACCUGAAUUCUCCGAAAAAUUCGAUUCUUUGAUUUAGGAUAAUAACCUACAAGGCAUAAUGUAGGAAUGCCUAUAGACUAAAGUUAAAAAUACUCAUUAGAAAGAGAUAUUGAGCCUAGAAAAGGGAUUUCACGAUAAUUUAGAUAAAAUGCGAGAAUAAAUUAACGAUGAACUCAUGCGUAAAUUCAAAAACUCAAUUGAACGAUAAAAUGAAGAUAUUUCUGAUAAAUAAGAAUAAAUAGAUGAGUUGAGAGAGACCAAAGCAUAGUUAAAGGAUGAACUCUUAAGAAGAGAUAGUAGGAUUGAUGAGCUGUAAAAUCACAUUUCUUACUUGGAGGAAGAACGUAAUUAGUUAGAGGACAUAGUCAAAGAAGCAGAUUAAGCCCUAUUAUUGAAAGAGCAAUAUGGUCUGCUAUAAUUAGAGUAUUAGGAAUAACAAGAGAAGCUAAGCGAUAAGAUUGAUAACUUAGAGUAAAUGCUUAGAGAGAAAGAUCACUAGAAUCAGUAGAUUUAGAAAGAUUAUGAGGAUGAGUUGGCUCGAUUGAAAGGAGUUUAAGAUGGCUUAUUUGGAAAGAAUAAAGAUCUAGAAGCCAUAGUUGACAACUAAAAAGAGCAACUUAAGAAGUUAGAUGAACUCAAGCAUCUCAGAUAGAAAAUGGACGAAGUAGAUAAAAUGAGGAUUUCAUUUACAGAGAAGGAGAAGCUCUAUGAACAAAAAGAGCGCAACCGUAAAUUACUACAAGAACAGCUAGAUGACUUGGAGGAGCGCUAUAGACUCAUUGAAAAAGCCAAGAAGAAGUUAGAAAUCGACUUGGGCACCUAGAAACAGACUAAGGAGAAAUUGAUAGAUCAGAACCACUAGUAAGAAGAAGAAAUCAAGCGAGCAAAGGACGAGAUUAAUUAGCUGAUUUCAGACAAGGUGGAAACAGAGAAUGAACUGUCAAACAAAAAUGCUAUUUUACAGAAGCUAGAAGGAGCCCUCAAAGAUAAGAAAGAGUUUCAGAAGCUGGAAGACUUGGUCUAGCAGUUGCAGUCUACACUCAUGUUUAAAUCGCAUCAUAACUUCAGCGACAACGAGAGGAUGCUGAUUAGGGAGCUGUUUGGAGUGCAGCCAGGGGAAAAUGCAGAUAUGGGAGAGAAAAUUACUGAAAUGAAAGAUGAAAAUAGCAAGCUGUACUUCGAGUUGAGGAAUGGGUAUGAUCAUGAGGCUGAUGCUCUCAAAAAGCAAAAGGAUUACCUAAAGCAGCUCCAAGAUUUCGCUAAAGCCAUACUCAGUAUCGAGGAUAAAGUCAUUGAGAAAAAUCUUAACUUCACUCUCUAGAAAAGGAACAAGGCUCCGUUAUAUGCUAAUGUGGAAUAAUUAGUAGAUGAGAUUCAACAGAGAAUAGAUGAUAUUGAUUAGAAGUAGAAAGGCUUGGACAGAAUGAGUCUGGCCAAGGGCAUGGAUAAGUAUGAUAACCCAGACAAGGUAGUCUAGCAACUUCACGACAUAAGCCAUGUUUCUUCAAGCAAGAGUCUCAAAUACAAUAAUACUUAGUCACCUGAUGUGGUUAUGAGAAAAGGCAGCAAGAAAAACUAUGAAAGUAGUUUGGAGACUGGCAUAGCUGUGAAUAUGUAUGCAACCAUGCAGACUCCCAGAUCUAACUUGUAAGAGUAGCAAAUCAAUCAAAACCAGCCACUCAGUCACAGAGAUAAAGUCAAUCCAAUGGGCAGAAUAUCUCAUUUGAAGAACACCAGCAACAAUAGCGAUCUUGGCCACAACUUCCUAAAAGAUGCUGUUGAUGAUCCACAGUUUAUUGAAGAGUUAAUGAUGGGAAUGGGCGACAGCAGAGAAGUGCCAAACAUCUAGGUAGACAGAGCCACUCAUGAAAGUGACUUCAAUAACCCUAACUUGUUGAAGUAAAGACAGUCAAAGCUCAAGGAUCAGAUUGACAAUGUGCUAGGCAGUUCUAAGCCAGCCCAGAGAACUACUAGUUUCUCUAAGAUUCGCCAGUCUAGAAAGUUUGAAAGGCAAAUCACCCAAGACGGCAAUAAAGAUCUAGCCUCAAGAAAUGCACUUGGUGCUAAAUACGGGUACAAUGCCUAGCAAAACAAAUCAAUAAAUGAAAGUGGGAUCUAUUUCUUUAAGGACUAGGAGGACAUUGGUGAUUCAUUUGAAGUCAGAGUAGUAGGAGAGGGAGAACUCAAGAGUGAUCUGUUGCAGUUCAUUCAUUGCCAGGCCAUGUUCCUUGAAGAAAACAGAGAAACAAUCAAAAUCAUGCAAGAAUGA